CUGGAACUAAGCGGCAGAGAAGGAAAAAAACAACAAGACAGCUGCAGAUCGCGAAUGUGGAUAGGGUGUAGUGGAAACGCGACGUCUAAAUGUCCAAGGCAAAGCUUGGGAGGAAAUGAAGAGGGACAGACACCGCUGAUGGCCAAUGACGGGUGAAGAUGAGUCUGGCAUGUGUGAGAUAUUAAAAACAGAGGGGACAAGGGAUGAAGGUUUGGAAGAUAGAAAGUAAGGAAUCCUGGCUGUAAAAUUUUCAAAGAAUAUAUUGUCUGGGCAACAUUAUUACAAGGAGCAUGACCUUAAUAAGAGCAAAGAAAUGACGUCAAUAGCACCUCACUCUUGUCACCAGCUUGUGAAUGAUACAAUAUUCAGCAGGAGAGAUAGUGGCAGAGGCAGUGAGCAAAGUUUGUCAUGGUUUCUUACUCAAGAUAAAUGCAUCCCUUAUAAAGACACUUUAAGCACCACUAGACUUUGGCAAUAAUGCCUCCAAGACCUUCAUCAGGUGAACUAUGGGGCAUCCAUUUGAUGCCCCCCAGAAUACUAGUGGAAUGUUUAUUACCAAAUGGAAUGCUUGUGGUAUUAGAAUGCCUACGUGAGGCUACGCUUGUCAAUAUCAAGCAUGAGUUGUUUAAAGAGGCCAGGAAAUACCCUCUUCAUCACUUAUUACAAGAUGAGUCCUCAUACAUUUUUGUGAGUGUUACACAAGAGGCAGAAAGAGAAGAAUUCUUUGAUGAAACACGCCGCCUCUGUGACCUUCGGCUAUUUCAACCAUUUCUCAAAGUCAUUGAACCUGUGGGUAACAGGGAAGAGAAAAUUCUUAACAGAGAAAUUGGUUUUGCUAUUGGCAUGCCAGUGUGUGAAUUUGAUAUGGUAAAAGACCCCGAGGUGCAGGACUUCCGGAAAAAUAUUCUUAAUGUGUGUAAAGAUGCUGUAGAACUUCGUGAUGCUAAUGGUCCAAUUAGCAGAGCUCUUUAUGUCUAUCCGCCUAAUGUAGAAUCAUCGUCAGAACUUCCCAAGCACAUAGAAAGCAAGCUAGACAAAGGUCAAAUAAUUGUGGUUAUUUGGGUUAUCGUGUCUCCUAACAAUGAGAAGCAGAAGUAUUCUUUGAAGAUAAACCAUGAUUGCGUGCCAGAGCAUGUUAUAGCUGAAGCCAUCAGGAAAAAAACUAGGAGUAUGUUACUGUCCAGUGAACAGCUGAAGCUGUGUGUUCUGGAGUACCAAGGAAAGUAUAUACUAAAAGUUUGUGGCUGUGAUGAAUACUUACUGGAGAAGUACCCACUAAGUCAAUAUAAGUAUAUAAGAAGUUGUAUAAUGCUUGGCCGAAUGCCCAACUUAAUGUUAAUGGCUAAAGAUAGUUUGUACAACCAGAUUCCUGUGGACAACUUUACAAUGCCUUCGUACUCAAGACGGAUUUCAACUGCAACGCCUUAUAUGAAUGGAGAGGCUUCAGCCAAAUCAUUGUGGGCAAUCAACAGUAUGCUCAGAAUAAAAAUUCUGUGUGCAACGUAUGUUAAUGUUAACAUAAGAGACAUUGAUAAGAUCUAUGUCCGAACUGGUAUCUUUCAUGGAGUUGAGCCAUUGUGCGACAAUGUGAACACUCAGAGAGUCCCUUGUUCAAAUCCUAGAGUCCAUGAGCUAGUGACGUAUGGGAUAUACAUUCCUACCAGGAGGGGCAAAGUAUGUUUAACACCAUGCGGGACUCGUGGCAGACGCGGGGCAGAAGAGGAGCACUGCCCAUUAUCUUGGGGGAACAUAAACCUUUUUGAUUAUACAGACACACUGGUCUCUGGAAAAAUGGCUCUAAAUUUGUGGCCUGUGCCUCAUGGACUGGAAGACUUGCUCAAUCCCAUUGGGGUUACUGGUUCCAACCCAAAUAAGGAAACUCCUUGCUUAGAACUUGAAUUUGAUUGUUUUAGUAGUCCUGUUAAAUUUCCAGAUAUGAUAGCAAUAGAAGAGCAUGCAAAUAAAGCUCUUGAGCGAGAAAUGGGCUAUAAUUAUAGUCAUACUGGAUUGACUAACAGAAUAGCCAGAGAUAAUGAAGUAAGAGAAAGUGACAAAGAGCAGCUCAAAGCCAUUUCUAACCGCGACCCUCUUUCAGAAAUCACUGAGCAAGAAAAAGAGUUCCUAUGGAGCCACAGGCAUUAUUGUCUAAAUACUCCUGACAUUCUUCCUAAGCUGCUUCUAGCUGUGAAAUGGAAUUGCAGAGAUGAUGUUUCCCAGAUGUACUGUUUGCUAAAAGAAUGGCCUGCACUUCGGCCUGAGCAAGCAAUGGAACUUCUGGACUUCAAUUAUCCAGAUCGAAUGGUUAGAUCAUUUGCAGUAACUUGCCUUGAGAAGUAUUUGACAGAUGACAAACUGUCUCAGUAUUUAAUUCAACUAGUGCAGGUUCUGAAAUAUGAACAGUACCUUGACAACUUACUGCUGCGAUUUCUACUGAAGAAAGCUCUGACCAAUCAAAGAAUAGGACAUUUCUUUUUCUGGCAUUUAAAAUCUGAAAUGCACAAUAAAACAGUCAGCCAGAGGUUUGGUUUAUUGCUGGAAUCCUACUGCCGUGCAUGUGGGAUGUACCUUAAGCAUUUGAGUAGGCAAGUGGAAGCUAUGGAAAAACUGAUUAACCUCACAGAUAUUCUGAAACAGGAAAAGAAAGAUGAAACUCAGAAGGUGCAGAUGAAAUUCCUAGUGGAACAAAUGAAACGGCCGGACUUUAUGGAUGCAUUACAAGGAUUUACCUCUCCUCUGAAUCCUGCGCAUCAAUUAGGAACUUUAAGACUUGAAGAAUGCAGAAUAAUGUCCUCUGCGAAAAGGCCGCUUUGGUUAAACUGGGAGAAUCCAGAUAUUAUGUCAGAGAUGCUGUUCCUAAAUAAUGAGAUCAUCUUUAAAAAUGGGGAUGAUUUACGGCAAGACAUGUUAACACUUCAGAUCAUACGAAUCAUGGAAAACAUUUGGCAGAAUCAGGGUCUUGAUCUUCGGAUGCUGCCUUAUGGUUGCCUUUCUAUUGGAGACUGCGUAGGACUUAUUGAGGUGGUGAGAUGCUCCCAUACCAUUAUGCAAAUUCAAUGCAAGGGAGGCUUGAAAGGAGCAUUACAGUUCAACAGUCAUACGUUACACCAGUGGCUCAAGGAUAAAAACAAGGGGGAAACGUAUGAUGCUGCCAUUGACUUGUUCACUCGCUCUUGUGCUGGUUACUGUGUUGCCACUUUCAUUCUUGGAAUAGGUGACAGGCACAACAGUAACAUCAUGGUGAAAGACAACGGGCAACUGUUUCACAUAGAUUUUGGUCACUUUCUGGAUCACAAAAAGAAAAAGUUUGGUUAUAAACGUGAACGAGUGCCAUUUGUUUUAACUCAAGACUUUUUAAUUGUGAUUAGCAAGGGAAUUCAAGAAUGCACAAAGACCAAGGAUUUUGAGAGGUUUCAAGAGAUGUGUUAUAAGGCUUACUUGGCCAUACGGCAGCAUGCCAACCUUUUCAUAAACCUUUUUUCCAUGAUGCUUGGCUCUGGAAUGCCAGAACUGCAAUCUUUUGAUGACAUUGCCUACAUUAGAAAGACAUUGGCCUUGGACAAAACCGAGCAGGAAGCUUUGGAAUAUUUUAUGAAGCAAAUGAAUGAUGCUCACCAUGGUGGCUGGACAACAAAAAUGGACUGGAUCUUCCACACAAUAAAGCAACAUGCUUUGAACUGAUCCAGAUUGCUGAAGAAGCAGACCUGGCGCUAUAUGUUUUUUUAAUUUUUGGUUCUGCACUACAACGCACUCUUAAUAAGAAGAGUCGGCGUUGUCCAGCUGCACAGGAGUUGCACAAACCAGAAAGAACAUUUAUUGUAAAAAAAUAAACUAAAAAAAUAAGACAGCUACCGAAGCAUCAGAGCCAUUAGCACUAACAGGGUUAACUUCAAACUAAAGUAAAACAUUUCAAGAGCUACAGUCUGGUUUUCAAAAUCUAUGCCUUAAGUCCAAACGAAAGGUUAUCCUCGGCACUUAGUAGCCAAAAUGAAUGUUUAAAGUCUAUUUCAUACAGAAAAAAAAGUUUGACGUAGAAAAUAUUUUUGUGAUACCCACGUGUGUUUUGGAAUGCUAAUUAUGUAGACUUAUGGUGCAGUAAAAGUGAUACUAGGAAAAGGGUCAUGGCACCUCCCUCACGCCUCACAGUAUUGUUCAACCACCGUCAUGAGAAUGACAGAGCUAUACUCUUUAGCAAAAAAAAAAUGUAAGUCUCAAAACAUGUUUUCCUUUAUAGUAAGCAAAUGUUGUACCUUUGGGGCAAAUAUUAUUUCACAUUUAAAGGAACUCCUGGUACAUAAGAUCAACCGUUUGUAUAUUAACAGUAACCUUGACACUCCCAUAAUAUCAGUCCACAGUUUCUCAGAAUUUUCUGUCAAUUUUUUUUUUUUUUUUUUUUUAACUAAACCAGCAGGAACUGUGAUAGUUUUAAAACUAAUUUGCUUAUAGCAAUGUUUAUGUGCAAUAUUGUAUCUAACUAUCCUUUUUUAUAGUCUAUGUAGACUAUAUAUAGGGGGUUAUUUUAUCCUAACUUGAUAAAAAGGGUAAUGGAAUUAGCAUCUACAAUUCCACCAUUGUCACUUUUUAAAUGAAAUGUGACCUUGAGUUAUCUGUUCUGAGUGUGUGUGAUUUAUUUAUCUUCCACACAUGACAAAUUUGUAUGGAAUGUGUUUUUGUGUGUAUGCAUUCAAAUGUGUGUCCGUAUCUUUAUAUAUAUAUAUAUAUAUAUAUAUAUAUAUAUAUAUAAUAUACUUGUUAGCAUGUAGCCCCAUUCUACUAAGUAGGAAAGUAGGAAGAAAUUUCAAGUAUUCUUCAGACACUCUCCCUUCCUUUGUAUUUACCAAUCCCCUUCAUGUCAGUUUCUAGUCUGUUAUUACCUAUUUAAUGUUAGGUAGCUUGGACUUUAUUUAUGCUACAGUCAAAAUGUUUUUAAAAUAUUGAAGAAAAAGCCACUUCUCAUUCAUCAAUGCUGUUUGUGGCCAUAUUGGGCCAUGACUUUACCCUGUAUAUCAAUGAAGGCUUGUCUGCUAUCAAAACAGCCCAGAGAUCAUUAACUAAGUGUUUUUACUUGUUAGGGGGAAGAAAAACCUCUGCAACUUCCCCCUAAGGCAUGUCCCAGAAUAAGACUCCUUCAUAGGAGAUAAUGUAUCUUGACCCUUUUAAGGUAAAAAUAAAUCCCACAAGGUUACAUGGUUUUGCGUUAUUUGCAUGGUGAGAUGGUUUGUGGAAGUACAUUAUAACAUUUGUUAUACCUUGUACUACUUGGUAGUAUUUUCUCAUUUGGAAAACGGGUAGGCAUUUGGUGUGUGUUUCAUGAUCUUAAAGCUGAGGUUCUUAAAUAGAGAUUUCUUAGUCUUCAGACGCCCAAAAUUAACGGUACAUUAAACACUAAAUACAUGCAUAAAUAAAUGUACAGUAUUGAGAUUAUUCCCCACCUCCUUCUAGUCAUGGAUGCUGUCAUAUUGAAAUCUAUCUUUCAGUACAUUCUGGAGCUGAUGUGUUUGCACAUGUGUAGCAACUCUCUUUCAGAUACCAAGUGCUUUUAAUUACUUUUGGAAGUCUAUACUCCCUUUUCUACACUUGAAGUUAUUACUUAAAGUUUGGUCCAAGCACACAUGAUGCCCAAGCUGUUCCUGGAUAGUCUGUUCUUUGGGUUUUAGGUUAUGACUUUCACCUGUCACAGACUUUUUGGUAAAAAAUUUUGUUUUCACA